AAUUUUUCAAAACCUCGAGAGGGAGAGAAAGCAGGCUGAGAGGAAAAGCCUUAGCUACCGCCGAAGCUGCAACACGUCUCGUUCGCUCUAUUAACCGACGACCGUACGACUCCACGGAUUCCGAUUCCGAUCGAAUUCGCAUAUCUCCGGCGACGCGUCUCAGAUUCUGGCCCUAACUGGAACUCCAAAAAGGCACUGUUUUCCUUUCAGUCCUGGGCCAGAGGAUUCCGGUAGCGUGCGUUCGUUUCCGGCGACAAUUGAACUAGAAAACGGCGGCGUUUCAUCGUUUUAAUGUCAAUGAAAUGGAGCAGGACGAGAAGAAUUCUGAUUUUCAACCGAAAAAACUUGCGAGUCAAUUGGAUUUCACAGGCGCUAAUAGGGGCUUGGCGAAUGUGCCUUUGCUGGAAUGCCAAGACGCGCAGAAACAGUUAGAAUCUAAGUCGCAGACACAAUCGCAUUCGCAGUUAGAGUCACGUAGGUAUCCAGAACCGCAAAUGAAAUCGCAGCCGCAUCCGCAGCCACAGCCACACCAGCCUCGCUCGCCGCUACAAUUGCAAUUGCAGCAGCAGCCAUUGCUGCCGCAAUUGCAAGAGCGGCCGCAGCUAGGGCCGAUGGUGAACCGGUCCCAUCCUGUGUAUAAACUCCCGCCACCGACAUUGCAAGCUGCCAAGCAAGAGUCCCCUAGAUCAAGACCGCGGGCUAACAUUGAAGCAAAAGACAACACUCCAACAAAAAAAAAGCAAUGUAAUUGCAAAAGUUCUCAAUGCUUGAAGCUGUAUUGUGAGUGCUUUGCUGCUGGAAUUUAUUGUGAUAAUUGCAACUGCAUAAGUUGCCAGAAUAACGUGGAGAAUGAGGCUGCUAGGAAGGAGGCAGUUGGAGCAACCUUAGAGCGUAAUCCAUAUGCAUUCAGACCAAAGAUCGCAUGUAGUCCUCGUGAAUCUCAGUGUAGUAUGGAUGAUUCAGCAGAAGUUCAAGUGGUGGGAAAGCACAGCAAAGGAUGCCACUGCAAGAAAUCAGGGUGCCUCAAGAAGUACUGCGAGUGCUUCCAAGCCAGUAUUUUGUGUUCUGAAAACUGUAAAUGUGUGAGCUGCAAAAAUUUUGAAGGAAGUGAAGAUAGAAGCGCUCUCUUUCAUGAGGACCAUAAUACAACCAUCUACAUCCAACAGGCAGCCAAUGCAGCCAUUAGUGGUGCCAUUGGAUUAUCCGGUUAUGGGAUCCCUCUAGCAUCCAAGAAGAGAAAAUAUCGGGAACUAUUUUUUGGGAUAGCAGCCAAAGAUCAAUCCAUUCACAUGAGUCCACAAUGUCAACAGGAAAAUAAUUUAAGAGCUUCUGUGGCUUCAUCUCUGUUAUCUAUCCCUGUCUCACACUCUAUUAAUGUAGCAGUAUCAGGAUCUUCAAAAUUUAAGUACAGAUCUUCAUUGGCCGACAUCCUCCAACUACAGGACAUUAAGGAUCUUUGCUCACUUUUCGUCAUACUUUCAGACGAUGCUACAAAGACACUUGCAGAGGAACCCAUACAGUGGACAGAAAAAAGAGGCAAAAUGGAUGGGCAAAAAGAGGGGGAGAAUGUUGAAACUUCUAUUGAUUUAUCCACUCAUGAGAGCAGAGAUGGUAAAAAAGGACACGUUAGUCGGAACACUAUUUCUAAUGACCGUCUGAGUAGGAAUCAAGUGGACAGAGAUGGAACCAGUGAUUCGGGAUCUGAUGGAAUUGAUAUGGAUGAUGGUAGGCCAAUGUCUCCUGGAACGCUUGCAUUGAUGUGUGAUGAACGAGAUACAAUGUUUAUGGCAGCUGGGUCACCAGAUGGGGUGGUGGGCCAUGGUCAAAACACAAGUCAGAAGUCAUCUAAUGGGCAUGUCUUCACAGGACUUUAUGCAGAGCAAGAAAGGCUUGUUCUGACAAGGCUUCGGGAUUUUCUGAACCGGCUCAUAACUUGUGGGAGCAUACGGGAGACAAUGCCUUUACCAUUAGCCAAAAAUGACACAGGAAGCCAACAAAGAGCCGCAAAAAAGGGAUACGUAAAAUCUGGCAGUGAAACGGCAAGUCACAAGGAGGUUUAUGACAAUGGCAUUAUAAAAUCUCCUGUUCCUGAACUGUCUUCAGAAGCCAUUGCAGUCACUUCUUGUAACAAAGACCUGUCUUUAAAGGUUGGGUUGUCGGAUGGAAAUGGGGAGAUAGAACCAAAUACUGAUAGAGUGUCGUAGCUAGAGAGAAAGAAAUUAAGUUAUAUGACCAUUUUCUCAUUGAAUCUAGGUCCUCUUGUUAAAAUGUUCUUGUUUGAAGAAUUAAUUUAUCUAGGCCCUUUUUUUGA